UNUGAGACACAAGCGCGCCUUCGCCCCUUGUGCUCACUCUCAUCUAGCACCCAUCAAAGCCUGACCAGGGAGUCAGUUGAUAAGAACAUCUAUCUACAUUUCUCUUUCCAAAGCUCGCUCGGGCCUACCGAUCUCACAGCAGUGUAGACUAACCUCUGUGAUAGAGCGGUGACAGCAGUGCAACCUCUGUGUGUGGUGGACCACAAAGUCUACGAGUUACAGCAGCACCGCCACCUCCGCUGCUGCAGAACGUCACAUUUUUGUGAGGUUAUGAGCCUCGCUUUACGCGAACACUAGGAGCUGCGGGCAUCACGACGGAUGUCAAGAAAUCCUACUGCUGUGGACUACAACAUCCGUCUGUGGACUUUGAGCGGAAAUCUGGAUUCGGAGAUUUGGGAGAUCAUCAAUGGUCCGCGGAAAAGAAAGUGAGCGCGCUACUUGGUCAUCUACACCAAGGGGCUGAGAGUUCACUAUACACACACGUUACCACUGCUGCAACAGUAGUGGGUACCUCUGUGGUGAACAAACAGCAAAGUGUUGCGCGGGGAGCCUCGAUUGAGACAUCGAGCAAAUACUUCUGCGGCAGAGACAGGAGGGAAGACUACUGUAUCAACAGCGAAAGUCGACCGGGAACCGUAGUCCUAUCCACCGAUUCUCUAUCUAAGUGAGGAAAGGGUAUCAGGAGCGGAAUCGCGAAUUGGCCUACAACCGGAGUUCUAUUCACCAAUUCUCUAUCUAGGUGAGAAAAGGGUUUCAGAAGCGGGGUCACGAAUCGGCAACCGGAGUCCUCUAUAUCAAUAGAAGGAGCGGGGCUGGAAAAAUCUCAGCGACAGAUAGCUGAGUAAUACACCAACAAAAAUAUUCAAGACGAGAUCAUCAGGAUAAAACCAGAAAUGGAAGCAAAAUCGGAAACUGGAGGCGGAGGCAGCAUCUGGAGUGAUGGAUCCACAAACCUGGCCAACGUCAUCAGAGGACUCCCCAAGUUCGAUGGAACGAAACCAGAGGACUUCAACGACUGGAUGAAGAAAUUGGGUGUGUUCUUCGGCGUUACUCGGAGGGACAUCAUGCCACUUUUCAAGGGAAUGCCCAGACCUGAUCCCUCGGGCACCACCUUCGCCGCAUACAAGAGGGCAAACGAAGACCUCUACGCAAUCCUAUUCUUCCUCGUCGAACUGCCGGCUGCACUAACCUUACACAAGCACGAAGACGACACCGCCCUUAGCGGUGACGCGCAGGCAGCAUUCGCGGAACUGAAGGCCAACUACAAUCGAGUGACAGAUGAAGUGAUCAGGGCUAAACUGGACGACCUGGAAAGGACGGUCAUGGAGCCAGGAGAGAACCCGGACGAUUUUUUCAACAAGAAACACCGCCUCCGCUCUCAACUAGAGAAAAUGGGGGAAACCAUCUCCGAUCGCCGCUUCAAGGACAUCUGUGUGCAAGUUUUCUCCGAGGACUACAAGGACAUCAACAUUAUGGUUUUCCGCGGCCUAUCAUUCGACGUACACAAGAUGCAAGCCACCAUGCGCAACAUCUUCCUUGACGAGCAAAUGCGCAAGAGAACCAAGGGCCAAAUCGCUGGCCGCGGAUUCGCCAUGGCUACCAAGACAUCUGGCCCCAUCUGCUUCGAGUGCAACGAACCGGGACAUGUCAGGAGGAACUGUCCCAAUCGCCAGCGGGAGGGCCAUAGGGCAAAGAAGACGAAGCCUGCGGGAGCAACCAAGUGGUGCUCCGUCCAUAACACCACUACACACUCCGACGAAGAGUGUUACAGCCAAGGAGCCAAGCGACCAGAACGCGCGGGCAAGGCUUUUUCGGCAUGCACACACUGCAUGCACUGCUCAACCCAGUCAGGGGUCACUCACGCCAAGCCUACCACAAAUGAAACUCCCAAAGAAACAGAGAAGACCGAGAAAGCAGACAUCGACUUCUCCUACGACGAAGGNGGGCAAAGAAAACGAAGCCUGCGGGAGCAACCAAGUGUGGCGAUGAGCGUGAGCGCCGACCUCUGGCACCGGCGCCUCGGCCACAUCAAUCCAAGUGCUAUGGAGAUUUUGCGGCGCAACCGCCCUACAGGUGUGAAAGAUGACGGACCUGUAUCCCCGUGCGACAACUGCCAAAUCACGAAGCACAAGAAGGCUCCCGUCCCGAAGAAGACCAGCCGUGUCCUGACCAAACCAGGCCAACUCGUCCAGUUCGACAACAUGGGACCAAUCGACCCGCCUGCGAAGUACAACGGACGCACCUACUCCUAUGUCGCCAAAGCGACCGACGUCUUCACCAGAAUGCGGGAAGUGUACCUACUGCGCGACAGGACCGAAACCACGCAAGCUCUGCACGCCUACAACAUGCAAGUAGCAUCUGAAGGCUACCGCAUCGAGGUUCUACGCUGUGACAAAGGGGGAGAGAACACUGGGGGAGAAAUGAGCAACUACUGUAGGGAGUCUGCGAUCAAGCUGGAAUUCGCCGCGACCAACACGCCCCAAGAAAUCGGAGUGUCAGAAAGGGAUGGCCAGACACUUGCGGCUGUGACUCGAGCUCUACUGCGCGAUGGAGACUUCCCAAAACGCAUGUGGGGGGAGCUCAUGAUGACUGCAGCAUACCUGACCAACAGGACCCCACACGCGGCGCUAGGGGGAGCCACGCCGUAUUCCAAGAUGUACAACACAACCCCGGACCUUUCUCGACUUCGUGCCAUCGGCGCGCACGCCAAGACGAACCGGAUCUACGUGGAGGGCAAAGACAAGGUCUACGAGAGCCGGAACGUGACUUUCAUCGAGACUCCACCCAACACCAUCCCCCCUCACCGGUGGGACGACCGUCUCGGAUAUGAACAGGACGUGAUGAACUUCACGUCAUUGCCCGGACGCGGCACCUCUACGGGCGACGAAGACAACAAAGUGGACUACGGAAAACAAUCAGAGCUCCUGCUGCACGAGAUGCGCAACAUGCAGCAGGACAACAUCAACCGAUCAUAA